AAAAUCCAGAUAAGAACCUUCUUUGAUCUGAGUAUGUUUUGAGGCCACGCAACUAUUUAAACUAUUUAUCUAUUUCGUUCACAAGCAGUUAGUCAAAAAAUGACGGACAGAGCCAAAGACAUUGAUCAGCGUUCGUCAUGGUACACCAACGUUUCCAACGUUAUCAAGGAAACUCCGUUAGAUGUGACACUCCUGGUCGUCUCAGCCAUUGUCUUCUAUAAGUUGGUGAGCAUCACCCGUCAGCGUCGACGGCGCCGUCAUCGUGAACAGCAGCUGAGAGGACCGGACCCGAUCUCCUUGGUUCCAGGUGGCGGAGGUCAAGAGGAGCUACCUCCACUACGUAGCGACUUCACGGUGGCAGAGCUACGCGAAUACAAUGGAACUCGUGAGGAUGGUCGCAUUCUUGUGGCCAUAAACUUUCAUAUUUACGAUGUGUCACGAGCCAAACACUAUUACGGCCGAAAUGGCGUUUAUCCAAACUACGCUGGACGCGAUAUUUCGAGGAACUUGAUUAAUUUCUCAGUGGAGACGAAUGAGAGCAAAGAAUUUGACGACUUUUGCGAUCUCUCAAUUAGCCAAAUGAACACUUUGAAGGAAUGGGAUCUCCAAUACAAAGAGAAAUACCCAUUUGUUGGAAAGCUUCUGCGCGAAGGCGAGCCCCAUUCCAAUUAUGAGGACGAGGAGGAGUCGGAGCAAGAAAUACAUCGCAAUCAAUAA